AUGCUGCUCCCGAGAUUUGAGAUACAACACCCUGUAGUUGCUUCGAAGCUAGCGCUCAGUGCUAUGCAAGAAUGGUUCCUGACGAUCCCAAAAUACCAGGACAAGGAGAGAGCUCAUACCCCUGAGGCUCGACUCAACGUCGAACCGUGGAGGGGUUGGCUGUCAGCUCAAGGCGCUUCGAGCCUUCUGGAGGCAGCCUGGUCUUCUAGGGGCAAGAUCAACUCGAUAAGGUCAGAGAGCGGCAGGGUCAGUACAAGACUAGACCCAAGACGGCCGACACCACAUGAGAUAUCCCCGACAUCCCUGGAGAGAAACAUGGUACAUGUCCUCCGAGCCUUUCGCGCUGAACUAGGCGCCGGUCACGGCCAUGAAGGUGCGAAAGACCAACUUGGAGGGGCGGUGAGAGCCGUGGAUCAAGUUGGGAGAAAGGGGGCGACGGGCGCUUUGAGGGUGAAAGAGGGGUUGUUGGUUAAUGGACUGGAUGAUCCUAGACACUUUUCCUUUAGGGACCGUGUGUUGCCGUCACUCGACGAUGGCCGGCCGGCGUUUCGCGAGAUCGUGAGUUUCCCUCACAUAUAG